AGCGGAUUGUAGCUCAGUUGUCAGAAUAACGUUCGCUCUCACUCUCUCCCUACCUGGACUUCCACCACCAUGGGGACUUAACCGAGGAUAGCACGGAGGAAUUGAUCCUGUGCUGACCUAAUUAACAUCCGUUUCUGUGGCUGGUUUGCCGCCUUAACUUAAUUUUGGCCAGGAGCUGUUGAGCGUGAAGGGACUAUGUCAGACAAGAUGUCCAGUUUCCUCCAUAUUGGGGACAUUUGUUCCCUAUAUGCAGAGGGCUCCACCAGCGGAUUCAUCAGCACCUUAGGGCUUGUGGAUGACCGCUGCGUGGUUCAACCUGACACAGGUGACCUGAACAACCCACCCAAGAAAUUCAGAGAUUGCCUUUUCAAACUGUGUCCCAUGAACAGAUAUUCAGCGCAGAAACAAUUCUGGAAGGCAGCAAAACCUGGAGGCAACAGCACCACUGACGCUGUUCUCCUCAACAAACUGCACCACGCGGCUGACUUGGAAAAGAAGCAGAAUGAGUCGGAGAAUCGCAAGUUGCUUGGAUCAGUCAUCCAAUAUGGAAAUGUCAUUCAGCUGCUGCAUUUGAAAAGCAAUAAGUACCUGACCGUGAACAAGCGUUUACCCGCACUGCUGGAAAAGAAUGCCAUGAGGGUGACAUUGGACUCGGCAGGAAAUGAGGGGUCCUGGUUCUACAUCCAACCUUUCUACAAAUUGCGCUCCCUGGGAGACAGUGUGGUGAUUGGCGAUAAAGUUGUCCUUAACCCCGUGAAUGCAGGGCAGCCUCUUCAUGCCAGCAGUCACCAGCUCGUCGACAAUCCAGGGUGCAAUGAGGUUAAUUCUGUCAAUUGCAACACCAACUGGAAGGUUGUUUUAUUCAUGAAAUGGAGUGACAACAAGGAAACCAUCCUCAAAGGGGGAGAUGUUGUUCGGUUGUUCCAUGCAGAGCAGGAAAAGUUCCUCACGUGUGACGAUCACAGAAAGAAGCAAUAUGUAUUCCUGAGAACAACAGGCCGCCAAUCUGCCACAUCUGCCACCAGCAGCAAGGCACUCUGGGAAGUAGAGGUGGUCCACCAUGACCCAUGUCGCGGAGGUGCAGGCUACUGGAACAGCCUGUUCAGGUUUAAACAUUUGGCAACCGGUUGCUAUUUGGCUGCAGAGGUGGGAGAGGUGAACCCUGACUUGGAGGAAGAGAGUGUGGAGCAGCGAUCUGCAGUGGUGGACUUUACACCCUUUAAUUUCCAGCUGGAUGCAGAUAAUGAAGCUUUACGUGGCCGUCUACGGGCCCCUCAAGAGAAAAUCAUGUACACCCUUGUCCCAGUCCCGGAUGGCAUGGACAUCUCAUCCAUCUUUGAAUUAGACCCCACCACGUUGAGAGGCGGAGACUCGAUGGUGCCCAGGAGUUCCUACGUGCGGCUAAAACACUUGUGUACGAACACCUGGGUUCACAGCACCAACAUCCCCAUUGACAAAGAGGAGGAAAAGCCGGUUAUGUUAAGGAUUGGAACGUCGGCAGUGAAAGAAGACAAGGAGGCUUUUGCCAUUGUACCAGUGCCACCAGCAGAGGUGCGGGAUUUAGACUUCGCCAACGACGCAAGUAAAGUGUUGGCAUCAAUUGCGGGCAAACUGGAAAAGGGCACCAUUACGCAGAAUGAAAGAAGGUUUGUGACCAAGCUCCUGGAAGAUCUCGUCUUCUUUGUAGUGGACAUCCCAAAUAGUGGACAGGAUGUUUUGGAGAUCAUGGUCAACAAACCUAACCGAGAAAGACAGAAACUCACGAGAGAGCAGAAUAUCCUGAAGCAGAUCUUCAAACUUCUUCAAGCGCCUUUCACAGACAGCGGCGACGGUCCCAUGCUGCGUCUCGAGGAGCUGGGUGAUCAACGCCACGCUCCUUUUCGUCACAUUUGUCGGCUUUGUUACAGAGUGUUGCGCCACUCUCAGCAGGACUACAGAAAGAACCAGGAAUAUAUCGCCAAGCAAUUUCGCUUUAUGCAGAAACAAAUAGGCUACGAUGUGCUGGCAGAAGACACGAUAACUGCUCUACUCCACAACAAUCGGAAGUUGCUCGAGAAACAUAUCACUGCUGCGGAGAUUGACACAUUUGUCACUCUUGUGAGGAAGAAUCGGGAGCCAAGGUUUUUGGACUACCUGUCGGAUCUUUGCGUAUCCAUGAGCAAAUCCAUCCCCGUGACGCAGGAGCUCAUCUGCAAUGCCGUGCUUGAUCCGACCAACGGCGACAUCCUCAUCGAAACUAGGUUAGUUUUAUCGAGGUUUGAGGUUGACAUAGGAACAAAUGGUGAUAAUCCAGUCGAGGCUGAAGAUGAAGAAGAGGUGUGGCUGUUCUGGAAGGACAAUUUCAAGCACAUACGAAGUAAGAGCGUACGAGAGUUGGCCCAGGAUGCAAAGGAGGGUCAGAAGGAGGACGAUGAGGUGGUCAGUUAUUACAGGUGCCAACUCAACCUUUUCGCCCGGAUGUGUUUGGACCGUCAGUACUUGGCCAUCAAUAAGAUCUCUGGGCAGCUGGACGUGGAUUUGAUCCUUCGCUGCAUGUCUGAUGAGGAUCUGCCCUACGACUUGCGGGCCUCUUUCUGUCGCCUCAUGCUGCACAUGCACGUGGACCGGGAUCCCCAGGAGCAGGUCACGCCUGUCAAAUAUGCCCGUCUUUGGUCUGAGAUCCCCUCUCAAAUUACAAUCGAUGACUAUGAUAAUGAUGGCACCAGCAGAGACGAGAUCAAGGAGCGAUUUUGCCUCACCAUGGAUUUUGUCGAAAACUACCUGAGAGAGGUGGUGUCACAAAAUGUUCCCUUCUCUGACAAGGAGAAAAACAAGCUCACCUUUGAGGUAGUGAAUCUGGCAAGGAACCUGAUAUACUUCGGCUUCUACAACUUCAGUGACCUGUUAAGGCUGACAAAGAUACUGCUGAAUAUUUUAGACUGUGUCCAUGUCAGCACCGUAUACCCCAUCAACAAGAUUGAGAAAGAAGAGCAGAACAAAGGUUGGCAUCCUCCUGCCCCCGAUACUUCUCUCAUGCUAUGUUUUCCAUCAUGCUUGAUUGAGGCUUGUGUUUCUGUAGCUGGCAGCAAUGUGAUGAAGUCCAUCCACGGAGUCGGGGAACUAAUGACCCAGGUGGUGCUGCGAGGAGGUGGUCUGCUGCACAAUACACCAACUCAUCAGCCAGAGGGCGAUGUAGUUAAAGCCCAAGCAGAACCGGAGAGAGAAGACAUCAUGGUCAUGGACACCAAGCUUAAAGUCAUCGAAAUUCUACAGUUUAUCCUAAACGUGCGGCUGGACUACAGGAUUUCCUGCCUACUGUGUAUUUUCAAACGAGAGUUUGAUGAAAACAAUCAGCAAUCAGAAAAUGCUGCCGGCCAGAAUGGAACCAAUAACGUCAGCAAUCAGAUGCCAGGAAACCUUGACUUUGAAAAUAUUGAGGAGCAGGCAGAAGGAAUAUUUGGAGGAAGUGAAGAGAACACUCCACUUGACCUGGACGACCACGGUGGACGUACCUUCCUCAGGGUGCUUCUGCACCUUACCAUGCACGACUACCCUCCUCUCGUGUCCGGCGCACUUCACCUGCUCUUCCGACACUUCAGCCAGAGGCAGGAAGGUCUCAUGGCUUUCAAACAGGUCCAGCUCCUUGUGACCAGGCAGGAUGUCGAUAACUACAAGCAGAUCAAAUCAGACCUUGACCAACUGCGAUCCAUUGUGGAGAAAUCCGAGCUGUGGGUUUACAAAAGACAAGGAGAAGAUGGGAUGGAUGGAGAGGGAUCCUCAGAGUCAGAUAACAAAAAGAAGGGGGAUUCACUUGGUUCUGACAAGAGCAGUACAGAAAGCACCAGCAACUAUAACUACAGGGUUGUGAAAGAGAUUCUUCUGCGUCUCAGUAUGCUUUGCGUCCAGGAGGGGAGCUCAGGGAAGAAGAAUAAGAAACAGCAGCAGAGACUGUUGAGAAACAUGGGAGCACACUGCGUGGUGCUGGAGCUUCUACAGAUCCCCUAUGAAAAGGGUGAGGAUGUUCGCAUGCAGGAAAUUAUGAAACUGGCUCACGAGUUUCUGCAGAAUUUCUGUGCGGGCAACCAGCAAAACCAAACCCUUCUUCACAAGCAUCUCAACCUCUUUCUUAACACAGGGAUUCUAGAGGCCAUUACCAUGCAGCACAUUUUCAUGAAUAACUUCCAACUCUGCAGUGAGAUCAACGAGCGGGUGGUUCAACACUUUGUCCACUGCGCUGAGACACACGGUCGACAUGUCCAGUACCUCAAGUUUCUUCAAACCAUUGUGAAGGCUGAGAAUAAGUUCAUCAAAAAGUGUCAAGACAUUGUCAUGGCUGAGCUUGUGAACUCCGGAGAGGAUGUGCUGGUCUUCUAUAACGAUCGUGCGUCCUUCCAAGCAUUAAUUCAAAUGAUGCGCUCAGAGCGGGACCGGAUGGAUGAGAACAGCCAGUUAAUGUACCACAUCCACCUGGUGGAACUGUUAGCUGUCUGCACCGAGGGCAAAAACGUCUACACUGAGAUCAAGUGCAAUUCCCUGUUGCCCCUGGAUGACAUCGUGCGCGUCGUCACCCAUGAAGACUGUGUACCUGAGGUAAAGAUCGCCUAUAUCAACUUCCUGAACCACUGCUAUGUCGACACAGAAGUGGAAAUGAAGGAGAUUUAUACAUCGAACCACAUGUGGAAGCUGUUUGAAAACUUCCUGGUGGACAUUUGUCGGGUGUGCAACAACACCAGUGACAGGAAGCACGCAGAUACCAUGCUGGAGUGUUAUGUAACGGAGACAGUCAUGAGCAUCGUCACGUGUUUCUUCAGCUCUCCUUUUUCUGAUCAGAGCACAAGCUUGCAGACUCGACAGCCCGUGUUUGUCCAGCUGCUGCAGGGGGUUUUCCGAGUAUACCACUGUAACUGGCUUAACCCAGUCCAGAAAGCUUCUGUGGAAGCUUGCAUCAAAGUCCUCUCAGACGUCGCUAAGAGCAGAGCCAUCGCCAUCCCGGUGGAUCUGGACAGUCAGGUGAACAACCUAUUCGUCAAGUCCAAUAAUGUCGUCCAGAAGAGCCUCCUCAACUGGAAACUGUCAGCGAAGACCACUUCCAGACGAGAUUCCGCAAUUCCGACCUCCAAAGACUACAGAAACAUCAUUGAAAGGCUUCAGGACAUCGUGUCAGCUCUGGAGGACCGUCUACGGCCGCUGGUCCAAGCUGAGCUCUCGGUGCUUGUGGAUGUCCUCCAUCGUCCUGAAUUGCUCUUCCCCGAGAACACAGAAGCUCGCAAGAAAUGCGAAAGUGGAGGAUUCAUAUCCAAACUAAUUAAACACACCAAGCAGUUGCUGGAGGAGAAUGAGGAGCGUCUGUGCAUCAAAGUACUGCAGACUCUCAGGGAGAUGAUGACGAAGGAGCGUGGCUACGGAGAGAAGCUGAUUGCCUUUGAUGAUGAAAUGGAUGUGGCUGAGCUGGCACCUCCACCUGAACCCGAAGAGUCUUCUGAGGAGCUUGACCCCAACCAGCCUCAGAAACAACUGGAGGAUCAGAGGAGGGGAGAAGCUUUGCGGCAGAUCUUGGUCAACCGAUACUAUGGAAAUGUCAAGUCUGGACAGAGGAGAGAUAGUCACACGCCCUUCAGCACUGGGCCACUUUCUGCUGGAUCACAGGGGAAAGCUCUGACAGUUGUCAGCCCUGGGGUCGGAGGGCGUGGUGAACUGAGUUUAGCAGAGGUCCAGUGCCACCUGGAUAAGGAGGGCGCGUCUGACCUGGUUAUUGACCUCAUCAUGAAUGCCACCAGCGAUCGCAUCUUCCAAGAAAGCAUCCUGCUCGCCAUUGCCCUACUGGAAGGUGGAAACACAGUCAUCCAGCGCUCAUUCUACCAGCGUUUGACGGGCGAUAACAAGUCCGAGAAAUUCUUCAAGGUGUUUAAUGAGCGCAUGAAGCUGGCCCAGCAGGAAAUCAAGGCCACGGUGACUGUCAACACCAGUGACCUGGGCAGCAAGAAGAAAGAUGAAGAACCUCCGGACAAAGACACGCCGGCACGCAACAAAGUUAAGGAUGUGCCACUGGUGGCCGUGGUUACCGAAGAGGUGAAGGAGCAGCUGGCGGAAGCCUCCGCCGUCACCAAGAAGGCCUUCGCAACAUACCGCCGUGAGGUCGAAGCCGAAGAGCACCAGACGGUGGCUGACGUCUCCUCCGCAGCAACCGCCGAAAAGGGCCAGGACGAUGGAGAGAUGAGUGUCAUCAUCACCAUCAUGCAGCCCAUCUUGCGCCUCAUGCAACUGCUGUGUGAAAACCACAACAGAGAUCUGCAGAACUUUCUACGGAGUCAGAAUAACAAGAACAACUACAACCUGGUUUGCGAGACACUUCAAUUCCUGGACUGUAUUUGCGGCAGCACCACCGGGGGUCUAGGCCUGCUUGGACUCUACAUCAAUGAGAAGAAUGUGGGACUCAUCAACCAGACUGUGGAAAGCCUCACCGAAUACUGCCAAGGUCCCUGUCAUGAGAACCAGAACUGCAUUGCCACUCAUGAAUGCAAUGGUAUUGACAUUAUCAUCGCGCUUAUCCUCAAUGACAUCAAUCCCCUUGGCAAGAAGAGAAUGGACUUGGUGUUGGAACUAAAAAAUAACGCCUCCAAGCUGCUUCUUGCCAUUAUGGAGAGUCGCCAUGAUAGCGAGAAUGCCGAAAGGAUCCUGUACAACAUGAGGCCAAAGGAGCUGGUUGAAGUGAUCAAAAAGGCAUACAUGCAGGGUGAGAUAGAGGUGGAAGAGCCUCAGGAGGGAGAAGACGGAGAAGAGGAACAUUCUGCAUCUCCACGAAACGUUGGCCACAAUAUCUAUAUCUUGGCCCAUCAAUUGGCCCGACAUAACAAGGAACUGCAAGCCAUGCUGAAACCGGGGGGCACGUACGGAGAGGGCGACGAGGCGCUGGAGUUCUAUGCAAAGCACACGGCUCAGAUUGAGAUUGUCCGUUUGGACCGAACCAUGGAGCAAAUAGUUUUCCCAGUGCCCAACAUCUGCGAGUUCCUGACUCAAGAGUCCAAGCUCCGCGUCUACUACACCACAGAGCGCGACGAGCAAGGCAGCAAGAUCAAUGACUUCUUCUUGCGCUCCGAGGACCUUUUUAAUGAGAUGAACUGGCAGAAGAAGCUGCGAGGUACUCAAGAGGCGACUGGUAACACAAACACCGUUCCCUCCCAGCCCAUCCUCUACUGGUGCUCCAGGAACAUGUCUUUCUGGAGCAGCAUCUCUUUCAACCUGGCUGUUCUCAUGAACCUGCUGGUGGCCUUCUUCUACCCUCUUGAGGGCUUCCGUGGAGGAACGCUGGAACCUCAUCUCUCUACCCUGCUGUGGCUGGCCAUGCUGGUUUCUCUCGCUAUUGUCAUCGUUCUGCCUCAGCCGCACGGCAUCCGGGCGCUCAUUGCCUCCACUAUCUUGCGGCUCAUCUUCUCCGUCGGCCUGGAGCCCACAUUGCUUCUCCUGGGCGGCUUUAAUUUAUGCAACAAAGUCGUCUUCCUGACGAGCUUCGUUGGCAACCGUGGAACAUUCACGCGGGGCUACGGAGCCAUGAUCACCGAUGUGGAGUUCCUCUACCACCUGCUCUACCUGAUUAUCUGCACCCUGGGGGUCUUUGUCCACGUCUUCUUCUACAGCCUGCUCCUCUUCGAUCUGAUUUACAGGGAAGAGACCUUGCUGAAUGUGAUCAAGAGCGUGACUCGCAACGGCCGCUCCAUCGUGCUCACGGCGGUGCUGGCGCUGAUCCUUGUCUACCUCUUCUCCAUUGUGGGCUACAUCUUCUUCAAAGAUGAUUUCAUUUUAGCUGUCGACAGGAUACCCAACAAAUCCCUGGAACUUGGAGCCACUAUUAUGGGACAGUUCUUCUCAGGUGCAGCGUGCCAAAAAGAAAAUGGAGAAAACUGUUCGUCGGAAUCUCCUUCUUCCCUUGCUGUCCAGCCAUCCGCAGUGGUGAUCGAGGACAAAGAAAGAACAUGCGAUUCCUUACUCAUGUGCAUUGUGACGGUAUUGAGCCACGGCCUUCGGAGUGGAGGAGGUGUUGGGGACGUACUGCGCAAGCCCUCCAAAGAGGAGCCGCUCUUUGCAGCCCGCGUCAUUUAUGACCUGUUGUUCUUCUUCAUGGUGAUCAUCAUCGUUCUUAACCUCAUCUUUGGCGUGAUCAUCGACACGUUUGCCGACCUGAGGAGUGAGAAGCAAAAGAAAGAGGAAAUCCUGAAGACGACAUGUUUUAUUUGUGGUCUGGAGAGAGAUAAAUUUGACAAUAAGACGGUGACGUUCGAGGAGCACAUCAAAGUUGAACACAACAUGUGGCACUACCUCUUCUUCAUCGUGCUGGUCAAGGUCAAGGAUUCUACCGAGUACACUGGCCCGGAGAGCUACGUGGCCGAAAUGAUCAGGGAGCACAACCUCGACUGGUUUCCCCGGAUGAGGGCCAUGUCGUUGGUCAGCAGCGACGCAGAUGGGGAGCAGAAUGAAAUUCGAAGCCUCCAGGAAAAGCUGGAGUCCACCAUGAAACUCGUGUCCAACCUCUCCGGCCAGCUGACUGAGCUCAAGGAACAGAUGACCGAACAAAGGAAGCAAAAGCAGCGAAUUGGCCUUCUGGGACACCCACAGCACAUGAACGUAAACCCCCAGCAGCCCGCUUAGGCCCGAGAAUCGGCGCCUGAAGCACCUUGGCAGCAUCCGCCUUAUGCCUGGACGGAGCCGUCCUGACUCCAAGGUUGCAUGGUGUGACCUUUGUGAGUACACGAAGUUGCAAGUUUGAUGGAAAGGCUGUAGUUGUAGUCACAAUAAGCUCUCUCUCGCUCGACUGCGUAUAGAUCUGACUCAGAUCACUGACACUCACCUGUGCUUUUCUAAUUGCCGCUGUAUAGAAAGGUGUUUGUGCCAAAAGUUUUCAAUGUCAUAUUGCACCAGUCGUAUUUAAUUUGUCCACUUUCAUGACCUUCCAUUUGAAGUCACGUUUGUAUUUUAGGCCGAGCAAGCAGUAUUAUUUGUGUUUGUAUUUUCUGCAAGAUGUACAUUUAAAUACGCAGCCCAACGUGGAUGUGAGUUCCGUCAAACAUCUGAUGUCACACUGUUGACCUGUAUUUUGUAUUUAAGUCUUAUCGGAUAAAGUAGGGACUUGAUUUGGACUUUUACUUACACACCUGUUGAGAUGAUACUCUGUUUAAAAAGAGGCCCGCCUCAUUUGUUGAUCUUUUUGCGCAUAAGAAUGCGUUGCAAAUGUGUGCCGUCUUUUCCUUCACGUGUAAAGCCAAAUGUGAUUCUUAUGAAUAACCAUUUACCGUAUUAUUAUUUCUCUCCGUUUAGACUGAACAAAAUGAUCAGUCAAAUAUAGCCAACCGAAUUUGGCAAAUUUAUUAAGCGUCAUGAUCCCCGUUGUGGUUUGCGGAACAUUCUUACCUGAGCAGACCUCAGUCAGCUUUUCCUCUCGGUCGCAGCAAACGCGCUUGCUUUGUGACUCCUCUUGUUCUCGCUUUAUUUGCGCUUGCACUUUUAUUUUCGUUGCCCAGCUCACCCGUGACCGCUGUAAGGAUGAGCAGCAUCGAAAAUGGAUGGGAUGGGAUGGUUUUUCUUCAGACCAUUGUUACAGUUUUUGACUGUAUGUACGUGUAAAAUGGAUUGCUUGCAUUUGUAUAGACAAACCGAUUGGUUGAGAAGAAUUGUUAAUUUAUAGGAUUGUUAGAAAUAAUGACAAAUCAAGACCAUGCCAUUUUUUAUUUAUAUAGUAGAAAUAUUUAUUAAAAUGAAUGUC